AUGCUAUCUACAAGACUUGGAUUAGGUUUAUUAAAACCAUCAAAUAAAUUCUUAACUUUAAAAUCACAACAAAUUAUUUCAAAAAGAUUUAUUAAUCAAGUAACAACAACUCAUGAACGUGAACAAGAAAUUUUAACUCAACAAAGAAAAAAUAGACCUUCAUCACCUCAUUUAACUAUUUAUCAACCACAAUUAACUUGGUAUGUCUCUUCAUUACAUCGUGUUACUGGUGUCUUAUUAGCUGGUGCUUUCUAUGGUGUUACUGUUGCUUAUGCCGCUGGUGAUUUAUUUAAUUUAGGUAUUGAUUCAAAUUCAAUUGCUUCAUAUUUCCAAUCUUUAAGUACUCCAACUCAAUAUGCUAUUAAAGCAACUGCUGCUUUCCCAUUCUUCUUACAUGCUGCUAAUGGUGUUAGACAUUUAAUAUGGGAUGCUGGUAAAGAAUUAACUAUGAAGGGUGUUUAUAGAACUGGUUAUUCUGUUUUAGCAUUUACUGCAGUUAUUGGUACUUUUUACACUUUUUUCUAA